AUCAAAACGGUGCGUUAUAUGUUUAACGUUUUGAUCAUUUAAUAAUUCCUGCUAACAUACACGUUUACGUUGCCCUAGCAUGUAUCGUCGCAAAUCAAUAAAAAAAACCCAAAAUUUUGUUAAAUUUCUCAUUUUCAUGUCAUAAUUUUUCAAUAUUUCUUCAAUUAACCUGCAUUUGGUGAUUACAGAGGUUGAUAUUGGGAAAAAAACUGGUUUAAUUGAUGUUCAAUUUUCCCAAAAUUGAGUAAAUUUUGACGGGUUAGGGUUUCCGAUUUUUCGGCUUUUGAUACGACGAAUUUCGUUCGAAUUAAAUGAAAUGCCUGCAUUCGAUGAUUACAGAGGUUUAUAUCGGGAAAAAACCGGCUCAAUUGAUGUUCAAUAUUCCCAAAAUUGAGUGAAUUUUGGCGGGUUAGGGUUUUCAAUUUUCGAUUUUUGAUGCAACGAACUUCGUUCGAAUUAAUUUCCAAUUUACAAAGCUAAUUAAUCAGAUAUGAGUAGAUUAUCCUUCAGACCUCGUCCUCUCGACAUUCAUAAGAAACUUCCAAUUGUUAAAUCAUUCAAAGACUUUGAAGAUGAUGAUACUCCAACUUCUACUCGAAAUUCCCAAUUCUUUCGCCUCACUGCUGAGCCUGAAAAUGAGGUUCAACAUGUACCAAGUAAGAAAGCAGCAGCUGAAAUUCCAACCCCGGAAUAUGUUAUUGUUGAUACAUAUGAAAGAGAUUACUCCCCUAGUUUUUGUCAACCGACGUCGUAUAUUCGUGCCAGAGGAGCGCGAGCUGAGCUUGGUGAAUUUAUUGAGUAUGACUUGGAUAUUGAGGAUGAGGAUUGGCUUCAAGAAUUCAAUGAAGAUGAGGAGAUUUUGACACCUGAAAGAUUUGAGAAUCUGCUCUUUAAAUUGGAGGUUUUGGACCAUAAAGCUCGAGAAAGAGCAGGUGUUAUAACGCAAACACUUGGCUCUCCAAUUUCUGUUCUUCUUCAGAUUGACGCUGCACUUGAGGCCCUGCAAUCUCAGCCGAUAAAGCUCGCUAUUCUUGAGUCUGUAUAUAGGUAUUGGAAGGAGAAGAGAGAGCGGUGGCAGAAGCCUAUUCUCCGGCGCUUGCAGCCACCUCCUCCUGUUAAUGAUACAAAUCCAUACAAUGUUUUUAGGCCAAGAGAGAAGGCCCACCGGCUCCACACAAGAAGGAUGCAAAGGAGGGAAAACAAUGUCCAGUCUUUUGAAAAGCUUCGUCAGGUCAGACGCAACCUUGACCAAGCGAAGACCAUUUUGGAAACACUUAUAAAGAGAGAAGAGAAAAAGCGAGAUGUCAUGGAGACUGAAGUGAACCUUCAGAGGAUUCAACUGAAGUACAAGCAUGAAACUCAGCUCCUUGAAGAUAGCUUUGUCCUUCCAUCAUUUCAACCUUUCUCUAAGUUCGGUUCAAGUGAAGAUGAAUUUAUGGAUUCGGAAGAUGCUGCAAACAACCAGCUUCCUGUCCAACCUGGUAGAUUACAGACUCCAUUUGUUGAUUCUAAGCCAGUGAUGGUUCCGACUGGAAGCCUAAGACAUGAUUUGAGAUGGCGAAACGUAGCAAGUAGCUGGAUCCAUAGAGUAGACCCAUUAGUGCCAGUUAUGCCAUUUACCAAGCCUCUAAUUCCAGACAAGCUGGCAGCUGCAGGUAUCGCACCCCCUUCAGAUACUUCAAAGUCGUCUGUAUCUGCAAGAUCACAACCAUUUCGUGGUAGAAUUGGCCGAGGGGGAAGAAUUGUAUUUGAUAGAUGGAAUCCGCUUAUGCAUACGCCAGUUAAUUGUGGAGAUUCGUUAUACUUGUCUCCAAGACAACAACCCUCAACUCGGUUUAUGUAGCCAGGUUUUGAUUAUUUAUGGUCUGGUUUGAGAAGCUCUUAGCAAUCAUCCCGGAGCCAAGCCGUUGGUGAUUCAUCGUUGAUUACUCCAGCUUGUCACAUAUAUAAUGCUUGAUUUGCGGCUUCAUCAUUGGAAGCAUACAAUUUUCCUCAGAAGUAUGGCCUGUGCAAACUGAUAAGAUGCAGAAAUGAGUUCAUCUUACAAUUUGACGGUAUGCAUAUUGGUGUGAAGGGACAUGAUCCACAGGAACUUGACCUAAUUGAAUGUCGGGCAGCUUCCUAAUUUCUUGUAUUACCACUGUAUUCAAUCAACAAGCAAAGUCGCUUAGAUGAUUUGUUGGUAUUGUCAUGUUAUAUCAGAAAAUAGGCUCAAGCUACAUUGUUGCUAUUGUAUCUCCUUUUUGGCUGUCAAGCUUUGUCUUGUAAAAAUUGAAAUGCUACUUGUAUAAUGCAAAUUUUUGUAUUA